AAGAAGGUUUUAAGGGCGGGUAAUUGGUCUACCAACUGGUAGUUAGCUUUUGAACUCUCUUAAGCAAUGAACACCCACCUUAUUUUGUUCAUUUUUCCUUGAAACUACUUUCUAAAUUCUCGUCACAGAAAAUAAUAAAAAACCCACCUUUACUUUCUGUCCAUUUUCCUCUUUAUUACACGUGAGAUAAUUGGGAUUGACAAAAUUAGGGAACUGUUUGUUCAUAAUAGUCUUCUUCCUUAUUGUCAUCAUCGUAAUCGUUUCUUAGAAUAAAAUAUUGCAGUUGUUGUCGUCAAUGUUUCUUUUUUAUGUUUAUUUGUAUUGGGUGGAGGAAUUAUUUAAUAAUAUUUCUUGGGUUCGUGUCAAUGUUCAAAUGAUAGGGAAGGCUGGUUACAUUUGGGAUUAUAUCUCUUGGGAUUGUGUUUUGUGACUUUUGUCUCAUUGUUUCCAAAAGCUUCUUUCUUUUUGCUCCUCCCUUGAGGCGCAGCUUCUCUGUGGGGGGUUUUCAGGAUCUGUUAGUUGAUCGCUGUUUCAUUAUAAGGUGGCUAUUUUUAGCAAUCAUUUAAUUUGUGGAGACUGGUCAUGCUUUAUCAUUCCUUUGCAGUUGAAUAUAAGGAAGCUAAUUAGGGCGACUUAUCAUCCGAGUUUUAGCUGUCCAAAGGACAAUUUAUCAACUACUUGUAGUGGGGACUAAAAGCCAAUCUCUUACCUUGUAUCAUCUUCCCACCCUCUCAACAACAUAUCCAAGCUAAGCCUCUUCUAUGGGAGAAUUCUCAGAGAUGUUGUCUGGGACUUCGUUGUUGAUAAAGAACUGUGUUCAAAUUCCCACUAUGGAUGGUAGAAAUGAAAUGUCAUUCAUUCCACCUUCAGGUGAUGCAUUGCGAUCCGUUGAUGGACAGUUAAACAUUACAACGAGCAAUUCAAUAUGCAACCCUGUUGCAGGGAAUCAGAGUACUCAAUCCCAGGGACUGUCUCUUAGUCUUAGCUCGCAGAUGCCAUCCGACGUUUCUUUACCUUCAUUGCAGUUUCCAUACCAGGCUUGUUCUUCAUUCUUUAGUGGUCAUCUUCCAAUUUCAGGAAACGCGAGAAUUUCAUGUGCUAAUGAUGAAAGCAAAACUAGUAAGGGGUUGAAAACUUCCUAUGACCUGCAAUGUGGCUAUCUUGGAGACAACAAUGAUGCAUUUGGAACAAAUGCUUUUUCUAACCUUCAGGGCUCAAUAAAUCAUAAACAGUUGUAUUCUGAUAUAUGUCAAUUUCAGCCAGGCUUUGGAAGUACAAUUUUGAACUCCAAAUAUCUCAAGGUGGCUCAAGAGUUGUUUAGCGAAGUGAUUAAUGUACAACAAGCUUUGAAACAGCCUCAUUUAGAUAAGAAUGUGACCUCUCAAGCAAAAUCAUCCAAUAGGACGUCAUCCAAACCUGGGGAAUCAGUUAACACGCCUUCUGAGAUAUCACCUACAAAACGACAAGAUUUGCAGAACAAGAAGACAAAGCUCUUGUGCAUGCUGGAUGAGGUUGAUAGAAGAUACAAACAAUAUUACCAACAAAUGAAAUUUGUGGUGUCUUCUUUCGAUGUGGUAGCUGGCUGUGGGGCAGCUAAACCAUACACUACACUUGCCCUACAGUCAAUUUCCCGCCACUUCCGCAAUUUGCGUGAUGCAAUCAGGGGCCAAAUUCAAUUGACCCAAAAAAGCCUUGGAGAGAAUGAUAAUUCAUCAAACAGUCAAGGAACAGCAAUACCACGUCUACGCUAUGUGGAUCAUCAGCUCAGACAACAAAGGGCAUUUCAGCAACUUGAUGUGAUGCGAAAUGCUUGGAGGCCUCAAAGAGGGCUUCCUGAAAGCUCUGUUUCGGUCCUGCGUGCUUGGCUUUUUGAACAUUUUCUCCAUCCGUACCCUAAUGUUUCAGAGAAAAUAAUGCUUGCAAAACAGACAGGUCUGACCAGAAACCAGGUCACAAACUGGUUCAUCAAUGGGCGGGUGCGACUUUGGAAGCCAAUGAUUGAGGAGAUGUACAAAGAAGAGUUCAGUGAAAUGGACUCAAAUUUCAGAUCUUCCUCAGAAAAUGCAGCCAAAGCAGCAGGCGAAAAUUCUUCAGCAUCUGAGGAUAGGGAAGAAGAAUUGCAAGAGAGUAUUACAUCCAAAGUUGCUCAUACUUGUAAUGUUCAACCAGGACAAGUUCAACACCUGAAAGCUGAUCAUAUCACUGAUGUGGAGCUGAAUAAGCCUAUCUCAAGAUCAAUGUUCCAAAAUAUUGCUAUAGAUACAGGUCCAUCUACCGGGAUGAAAUUAAAGGUCGACCGGAUGAGUAACAUGGAGAGUAAUAACCCUUAUCCAGAUACAGUAAUCCCAUCCGGCCAGCACGGCCAUGUUGCCCUUAUAGCUGGUGAUGCCAUGUAUGACCUAACGGAAUUGAGUGGUUUCAUGGCCGGCACUCAAGUUUCACUAGUUCUUGGUUUACAAAAUCAUAAAAAUAACGUAUUUACCAUAUCGGGGGAGACCGACAUGAGAGGCAAUCACAGGGUGGCUUCUUCAGUGGGGGCAGAGACAGUGGACUUCCAUUUCAUGGAAGCAGGAAAUCAACAAGACAAGUUUAGCAAUCCCCAUAUAUUGCAUGAUUUUGUAGUUUGAUGAAUAAUCUCCACCUCAACCUUUUUGGGUGGGAACACCUAAUUGUUAGGAGACACGUCACACGUCACACGAUACGAUGACAAACCUUAAACAGAGAAAGCAACUCUUGAGAUGUUACUUUGGGGUGGAUUCUUGAGUGUUCUAUGUUUGAAUAGAUGAGAAAGACUAUGCAUUGUCAUGAUAGAAUAUUCAUAGAUAUGGGUAUAUGAUAUACGCAUUUGUAACAUACAAGUAUAUUGUUUUAGUAGGUAUAUACAUUCUGUAAAAGAUAUGACGAGGAAAAUUGAUAUAUAGCUUAGCUU